GGCGCAUUUCGUUAAACAAAGCGGUGCCGUGGUCGGACGCUGUGCGAUGUGCACGUCUGAGCAUGGCGUCAUGCUUCGUCCAGGGCGGGGCGCACCACUCGCCGCGGCGCUGGCUGUGUAUGCGGGAGGGGGCUGAUCAGCAGAAGGCCAGGAAAGUUCGGUACACACGAGGUCGCACCCCGAGUCAGUGUAUCAAUGUAUGCGCAGCCGGGAGAGGAAGUUCUUAGGUCACGUUCACGGAACUAUAUAAACCUCGAAAAGGCAGGGUGCUUCUCCUUGCUUUCCUAUCCCCAACGACCACUCAGCCUCCCCGUUUCUCUCCUCCUAUAUACUGUACGAUCGCAUUCCGACGUUGUCCAAUACCCCUCGGUACUCCUCCACAAUGGAUAGGACAGCAAAGAAGGUCCGCUUCGCGAACGUCCCUCCACGCACACCGUCCCCCGCGUCCUCAACAGUGUCUUGGGAUUCGUCGUCUCCAGGUCCCUCUACUCCUCCACAAUUUCCCUCCGCGCAAUGUCCUCCAAAGAUCGUGCGGCCCCCUGAGUAUCCUUCGUGGCAGCGGCGUCUCUCUCCACCCGUAGUACCUCAUCCGCUCAGUUACCCCACACUCGUCGUUACAUCGCCCGACGACGGUCCUGUUAUUGAUCCAUUGCUGGCGGCACCCAUCCGCUCAUCUCACCCGCCUUCGCUACACUGGGAUGUUAUGGACCACCCGAAUGCCAUAAAGCCGGGCACUGCGGGCUCACAGUGGAAGCGGGAGCUCGCGCAGGACGACCUCGCGAGAUGUGCAGUACGCGGUAGUGCCAAAGGAAGCCCUUUGCUCCUUAGGAGGAUGGUCCUCACGUUUCCCGGACUGCCUGUCCGCGUCGAGAUCACCCCAGCCGAGGAUCCCGUGUGGACAUCCAGGCCACUUCCGUACCUGACCUUCGCGGACGUGCUAUACGGCCUUUACAGGGCUCUGCGGACGUCCGUUGAGCCGCGCGAGUUUGACGAGCUCGAGCCAACGCACCGCGAGUCGCUGAGACGGGCGUUCGAGAAGAGGCUGCGCAACGACCCUAAAAGCUACGAGAAGAAUGUCCAGCACGGCAUAAGACGGAUCGACUAUUUGGGAGAUAGGCGUUUGCUUGUUGGCUUGCGUCAAGCCAGCAGUGCAGAGAUGUCUCCCACCGGGAGACAAGGCGAGGUCUUCGUCGUGCAGCUCGCUCCAGUCUGAUAGGCUCCCCGCUGUGCUAAUAGUCUUCUGGGGAUGACUUUUACCACACAAAUAUACCCUAUCUCAUAUGUAUUAUACUGUACGCUCACGGUCUGUGAUGGUUGCGUGUGUAGUACUACUGGCAUUCCUGGCCUUGUUCGCCGUCUGCCAGCGGUUCUAUCGGACAAAUUUCAUGGUAUAUA